CUUCUCGACGUACACGUUCAAGACGCUCCUAAAUCUGGUGCUCCCCGUAAGCGGACUCCCUUAUUUGAUAUAGAGCUUGCUGAGAAGGUGAGGAAGGAUCGAUUCAGCAGGGAGAAGUCAACCUACCAACUGGAGUACGAGUUUCGUCAGCAGGGCAGAGAGAUAGGGUCAACGUCUAUAUGGAGUUCACUGAAAGAGCAGGGGUUCAAGAAGGUCAAACUAACAAAGAAACCAGGCCUCACACCACAGAUGAGGAAGGACAGGCUUCAAUGGUGUAGGGACCACGCUGAUUGGACAAUUGAGGAU